AUGCAGGGCGACUCCGUGAAGGUGGGCUCUUCAUCGCAGUCGCCGAAGGGCAGCGCGACUUGCGCCACGGAGGAGACACUGAAAUCGCUGACAGCUGAGCAAGCAGUGAUGAACGGCAACGGUAGCACAGUUCAAGCCGGCAGCGUCCCUCAUCUGGUGAAGAACGUGACAGUCGUGGCGGCAAUAACCACCGCAGCGGAGUCUGCGUCGCCAAUGCAAUCACCCUCUCCAUCGCUUGGGACGAGCAGCGCGAAAAGCGAACCGGGAGGCACAAGUGUGCUCGCAUGCAACAACAAUUGGCAAAAGUGGGGAUCGGUUCGUCCGGUCUCGCUGUGUGGUGCGGUGGCGACUGCUGUUUCCUCGCCGCCGCCGCCAGCCGCUGCUGCAGCAGAGCCCUUCAUUGCGCCUUCUGCAAAACCGCUGACGCCUCCUACUAGAGCGCCCCUCGCCUUGCCAGGGUCUCCCUUACCCUUCACACUUAGCGUCGUCACGCCAGUGAGUGGGUCAAGUGCCGCGGCCGAGGUAAACAUGGCGCCGGCGGUGGAGGCGCUUCUGGAGAAGCGGUCAGAGCGCUCGACGAAUAAAGCGACUAUCUCAGUGUUGUGCCCCACCAAUCGUGGCUCCGUCGCUUUCUACCACGACCUCUACCGGCGGCGGAACAGCAAUCUCGGUGUCUCGUGCGCCUCCUCGGCUCCUCUCCUGCUGAGCACCACAUCCCCUCUGGCGAUGCCGCUUGGCUGCAAUAACAAGUGGAGUGACGACAGCGCCGCUGUGGCGACUGAUGUAAUGUCACCGUUGUCUUUGCUCUUCUCGCGGCAUGGCUCGGACACGCGUUCGCCGCCGCUGCUAACCAGUCAGAUAGGCGUGUCAGUGCCGUUCAUCGGAGAGGUGGGUGCGCCCUUUGUACCCCCUGCAACCUCUCCACAGGAAUCGGCUACACCCCAGCAACCGCAGCAACAGCAACCCCCUGCCGACGUCAUGGCGCGGCUGAAGCCCUCACUGCUGCUCAUGGCGCAGGCGCUGUGCAGCUGCCCGUUUGCAGAGGUCAUGUGCCCCGUGCUCAUAGUGGAGAAUUCGGGGACGCACAUCGCCGCGGCCACGACGAUCAACGUAGCCCCAGCGAACUCCCCAGCAGCCAACCAAAUUAGCACCCCUACGGCGUACACCACGACAGAGGACGCAGACUCCAGAGCACAGCAGCGCACCUUACCCCUCUCUCUGGGACUGCCGCCCUACCAUUGGACAUCGUCAGGCUCACCCCAUCAUGCUGACUUUCCACAGCCUCAGGUUGAAAGUACGACCGUCUUUGACAUCCAAGAGAACAAGAUGACCGAGGGCUGCCGUGGAGCCCACCACCAGUCCACCGCUACGGUGGCAAGUGGGGACGUGAGCGACGUCAGUGCCGAUGACGAAGGCGACCCAGAGACGAACUCGACGCACGCGUCGAAUAUACCGGGGUCGAUAUCCCAGGCCUUGAUCGACCGUGUGCCUUUAUCUUCAUAUAGCGACAUCGCCAACGCCACCACUACCGCUGCAAUCGUGACUGGAAACCUCACUCCUGCACACGGCGCAUUCCCGCAGGAACAACUCACCAGCGAUAGCGCGACGCCGCCACGUGCCUGGCCGCUUGUAUACGCCAACGACGCUGCUGUGAGCAUGCUGGGCUAUAGCGACGUGGAGGAAGUGACGGCGGGUACAUUCGAUAACCUGUUCUCCUGCUUCGCGCUGACUCUUCCCCCGAAUGCCUCCAGCGGCAGCAAUAGCCCCUUCGUCACUGCAGCGGCAACCGAUUUGGCAUCAGUGCCAAUCGCGCUCGCCUCACUGUUCACUAUCACGUCAUCCUCGUCAUCGCGAGCAGCACACCGUGAGGCAAAAGAAAUGAAUAGCAACGACGAAGGCGAUGAGAAGGGGCCCAAGAAGCAUGAACAGUCGUCAUCCAACGCGCUGCGGCAGCCAGGAUGGCGGGAGGUGAAAAACCCAGACGAGCUUCUCGCUCUGUCCCACUACAACUACAUCAUUCUCUACUGCGAGCGCACCUCCGCGUACUACGCGGCGCUUGCAGUGCCGUCGUACCAACCGAAAAUAUCGCAGCGAACCAGCAUGGAAGGCAAGCGUACGCUGUCGUCGCCCCCCCUCACAGCGGCGUCAGCGAUAAUGCCAGCUGCCAUCCCCUUGGCGACAAACGCGAAGAGGUCUCUGAUGGACUCAUCGUCGACUACGUGGAGGCAGUCGCUGCGUUCCACCACUCAGCAUACUCAACCUCACUUGCCAGCUCCAAAGAAACUAUUACACCCCAGCGCAGACGGCCCAUCGUCGAGGCUGACAAACAGCGAGGAGGUCACCGCGGUAGAGCAAUGCGAGCGACGAACUCCGAUGCCAUUAGCAGCGGCGAGCACCUCCCCUCCCCUCGGGCCCAACCUGAGCAGUGGAACGUCGCCGUCGCCAAUCCAGCAGCAGAAGCAGCAGCAGCAGCAGCAGCGGCAUAGUCGGUACGUGGCGAUUUACAUCCUUCAGCGACUAGAGAGUAGCAAUAGAGCAGCUGGUGAUGCAAAGCUGCCGGGAGUUCGUCCGAUAACGACCUUCCUCGAUCGUCGGCUUACGGCCGUCUUUGAGCUGCCACCUACAGAAGCACCGCACGUGCGCAGCUCACAGCCGCUACCGCCAUCACCGCAGCGAUCACCUUGCUUACCAUUGCCUGACGCUGCCACUGCAACGGCUCGUGUCAACCCUUUCGGCACCGGCACCCCGCAUGCGCUUCGGGAGCAGUAUGUGAGCCGCAGCCAACAGGCCUUCCUACUCCCGGUGGCGCAGACCCGGCGACCCCUUCCGAACAGCAGCGCGGAGCGCUCUAUUAACCGGACCGCUUCACGCACGAGUGGGUAUCCUGGGUCUCCGGCGCCCGGCGUGCGGCUCGCCUUUGGCAGUUCUGAGACACCCUCUUCCAACAGUGACGGCGCCUCGGCGAUGCAAAGUACCUCGCAGCACACCAACCAAAACAGCCUGUUCGAUCUGAGCUACCCACUCUUCCAUGUAAAUCUUGCGCAGCCGACGAGUGCUUCAUUGGACUGCCUGUACGGCGCCAUCGAACCCGCUUGCGCAGCGCUUUUAGCGGCCACAGUAGCAGGAGGAGCACGAGAGCAGCCCUUCGCACAGCCAUACAAACCAGAGGAAGCCCCACACCACCACCUCAGCUCGCUGCUGUCGCAGAAGACAACACCGAAUGCCCGUCAGCCACCGCCGAAGCAACGCUACCUGCUGAGCCGCCAACGCCAGCAAAGAUCACCUGUUAGCCUUUAUGAUAAGGAUGCGACUCGCACGGUGGCGCAGUUCACGGGCAGCGCCAUAACUGAUUUGGAGUCUCUAUCUCCAGUGCGCCAACCAGCGUCGGGUCGCGUUUCCCAAAAAUGCAACCUCCUCUCUGCUCCACUCUCGGCGGCGAAUGCAACCAUUGCCCUUCUCAAUGGCACGCGAUCGCGCACGUUCUGUCCACUCUAUCAGCCGCUAUGCUCGCCCGACAGCGGCUGUGCUUCGUUGUCGGAGUCUCCACACCUACAGUCAACGGUGGCUUCCACAACAGCUCUCAUCCCCGCAGUGGCGCGGUCAGCACCGUGGUGUGCGACACAGGAAGUGCACAGCGGGGAGACCGUCGUCGAGCUGGCCCAGCAAGCACGCGACGCACAGAAGCAUAGGCACAAGAGUCGGUCCGCGCAGGUUGCGGCGUUAGUAGGAGUUGCAACGCCGUCAGCAUGGGCUCGCCGAGGCUCGCAUCGGUUAUCACCGUUCUCUGUGAGCCCGCUUAACUCCUAUGCCUCUCCUAUGUACCACUCGCUGAACUGUGGUGGUCAUCUCAGCCCAGUGGGCGGCGGCGACGCCGCAGACUUUGGCGGACAAAGUCCCCCUCAGCGCGCCCUCCCCGGUGCCAUGACGGGCGCCCGGCACCAGCAGCAGCCCUCAAGCUGGGUGAACUCCAUGGAGACCAGCGUUACGCAGCAACUUGGCAAUGCGCCGGGCGCGCCGUGGCAGCGGUGCAACGAGGUGGACCACAUCAUGACACACAAGCUAGCUGACCGGCUGCUGUCUCAGCGCAGCAUCGUGGCGGUGCUCGUGUCGCCACGACUGCCACACACCAUCAUUUUCAACUCAUUUGCCUUUAUGAUGUUUGUGCAACACGUCCUGCGGUUUCAGUACCGCUGCGGCGUCACGCAGGUGGCAUGCAUCCUAAACAUGCGCCUUAAGACGCAGCUGGUCAUCGACAUAGUCCCUGUGGAGGUGCUGAUGCGCACCAGUGGCUGCAUCAGGAGCAGUGGCACUGACAGCGGUAGCUGCAGCACUAGUCCGGCCAGUCACAAUGUAAGCGUGAGCUGGAGAGGGACUCACGUGAAUGCUGAUAGAGGCGACAGAAGCCUCAUUACAACAGUAGAGGCUGGCGCGGCUGGCCGGAAUCUAGCCGCAGCUUUGCCGAGCGCGAGUAAGGCACAACCCUCCGCGCCUGUCCUUGUGAACUCAUUACCCUCAUCAAAAUCUACCACGUCCCCACAGCAGCAGAAGAUCUUGGAGCUUCUGGGGUUGAGAUUGAAGGAUCUCAAUGACCUGCUCAGCUACGAGGAGUCGAGGGAGGCCCUCUCUCCUGCCAUCCCCACGCUUGACAGUAGCUUCUGUGACUUGCUAGCCAGCCGAAGCAGCAGCAGCAGCAGCGGUCCCUUCACAAACUCCUGUAGCAGAGUCAUUCCGACAAUCGCGACAGUGACCACUACGGCCGCGUCCUCACUCGACGCCGGGGUCACUGCGUCGUCGCUUCCGUGGGAUCCACUGCAGUCACUUUCAGGUGGCAGCAAGGAAACCCGGUCGGCGACGCCGCUGCGCGGCUUGCAGCCGUCUCGCGCCUCUCAUGCCGCACCGUGUCAGCCACGUCACGGCCCCUUGCGGCACUCGGUUCCCUGGCCCUACAAUUCUCACCCAGUGCAGGAGCAGCAGCAGGCGAAGAAUCUUCCCUUAUCUCCCAACCCCCCGAUCGCUGAGGUUCAACGGAUCGCAGUGACCUCGCAUGCGGCGGCGGCGACGAUGGCCGCAACGGUACCAGCAGUGGUGAGUGCAGGCUGCUCGGUGCAGCCCAAUGGCCAUUUCGAGACGCUUGGGGUGGCCGCAGCGCAGGUCGCAGAUGGUGAUUGGAUGAAAUCUGUGGCUCUUUCUCGCCCGAGCAGCCUUGCGGCGACAACGAACAGCGGCACCGUGGAUGUCGCACGAGAGGACAAUAACUCGAGCAGUGUUACAAGCAGUACCUCAGAGACGAGCCACACGCCCGACCCGGCGUUCUCAGAAGCGCGGGCGCUUGAAGUGCAACAGAACACGGCUGAGGAAGGCGACAAUGCACUAUCGCAGCAACACGCAAGCAUUGAAGAAGCGAAAGGUUGCAACGGGGUUGUCGAGUCUGCCACCGAGAACUCGUCUAGGUCGCUGUCCAGCAACCGCACCAGUAGCGGAAAGCAGUCGCUGUUGUGGGCCUAUUCAGGGGUGGGAUCGGCUUCGAAAACCGCACAGCAGCAUCACCCUCAUCGCCGCCCCCCACACAAUGUACCAAGCUCCGACUACCUAUCCCGAGACGUGCAGGAAAGCUUGGCCAUGUGCGAUGGUGCCAUUCACAUCCGCGCAGACACGUACGAGGCGCAAGUCCAAAUCCCCUUUACCACUCCGCAGCGGCUGGAGCUGCUGAGUCAGCUGGGCAAUGUGCAGCUCUCCAAGUAUCGUGGGCUCUCGGUGUUCGGUGCCAACCUGGUAAACAUGGUGACCGAGGAAGCCGCCGCCGAGGCAGCGCAGCCGUCGCCGCAGAUUAUUCCCCUGCGGUAUGACAUUGCAGCACGCCCUUACCUGGAAGGCGUCCGCGGCAGGAGUGUCGUGAUUUCGCCAUUAGCGUCGCCCACAAACGUAUCCCAGUCUUCACUGAGCAAGUUGACGCGUGCCAGCGCCAAUGGCAGUGCAACCGAGACGAACCCAACAAGAGCGGAAGUAGCACUGGCAAGUAAGGGAUCAGGGACAGCGGUGGCGAUGGAAGCAGCGGAAAAUGCGUCGGUUACCAACACUUCGGCUGAGGCCUCCGCACUAGCAGCCGGACUGGUGGCGUCGAUAGCGUUGCCGCUACGUCCGCCUGCCCUUCAGGCAUCGGCCAGCAUUCCUUUUGCUGCCGCGGCGUCUUCUGGGUCGGCGAAGAGCCACGGGUGGACGGUGACCAGCUCGAAGGACGCCAGCCCAGAGCACACGAGCGCUCCCAGCAUGGGGAACAGCAGCUCGGCCACUGCUACACCCAGCACCGUCGUGCCAGUUACGAGUGUGGUCACCAACGAGAUGAUGUCCUCACUCAGUACACGCUCGCGUGGCGAACGCGCAACGGUCAGUGUAGGUGCGGUUAGCCUGCGGCUGUCGCAGCUGGUGGCUGCGAAUACGUCGAGUUUCUCAUUCACACAGCACGGCAGCACCAGCAGCAGCGAAGGCAAUUUCCCGGCGGCUGACAUGCUGAGUGUGGCCAGCACAGAGGUGCUUCCGAAGGCUGAGGGCGUUGCUGCCACGCCGCAGCGUGGCAGCGCGGCGGCAGCAUCGGGAGCUGCAACGCUUUCACAGCAUCACGCCGACCCCUUACAGCUGCUGAUGGACCUCUCACCCACAGCCGGGACACACCACAGCACCUACAGAAGGUCGUCGAUACUGUCGAUGGCUACUGCGGAUGACAGAGGGGAUGAACAUUUUCCUCAUACCAUCGUGGAAGCAGCAGCACGUGGAGACGCAAUGAGGGGCAUGGAGGACGGUAAGAGACGACUCUCUGGCAGUGUUGGGAAACGCACGGAGCAUCCGAACGAAGGCGACACACUCCGGGGGGCGGCGUCCUUCAGCGACCUCACCGUAAGUGGCACAAGUCUACCCAAGAAAGGGAGAGGCCUGCAGCUGCCCGCGGUGCUGCUAGCCUGCACUAUUGCCACUGCAGAGGGAAAGCAGAAAAGCACCGCUGCCGUACUGAAAACUGAAAAAGAGCGACUCACGGUACACUCGGGCACGAACACAGAGAUGGCAUCGAUGGAGGUGACACCACAGCUGCGACGGAGCAGCACAGACACCACUGCGGUAAGUGAGACCCGCACCACGCCGAAUACGGCGGGAGCCAUGACCAUGGUGGUCGUGUGCUCACCACCACAACGCCACCACCCGCAGGUCAACCUCACUCCGCAUUCCCGUCACCAUGCCAUCGAGUCGUCUACCCAUACCGCGGUAUCACAGUCACCAGUCACUUCCUCCCAAGAGCUGCAACAGACACCGCUUCAUGUGGAGCCUUCAAUGGGACAAAGCUGGAGCGCAGGGUCGGAGUCGCCACCAGUGAGUCAGAGCAGCAAUAUCCUCAGUGCCUCUUGUGCAAUCAGGGAGUCAAGCACAUCAGUUACCGCAAAGGGCUGGGCGGAGAGAACCAUGCGUAGCAGCCUCAGCGGCACUCCAUCAGCGCAGGAGCAACUGUCUGUCUCGCACCCCAUUCUCUCCUGCACAACGCCCCUCGCUGUUGGCAACAGCAGCCACACAGAUCUGAUCAGCACUCGCAGCAGCGAAACGCAGGGUCUCUUCAGCGUCUGUACGCAGAAGUCUGGCGUGACUGAGCUACUUGGCUACACGCUCUCCAACAGUGCGGCCGCUGCCUUUGGCGACUUCAGCACCGCUCUGGAAAAGGAAAGUGACGAACAUGAAGAGGACAGCGCGGCGGCGAGCAGUAUGGGAGACAAAGAAGUGGUGAAAAAGACGGGCGCCUCUGCGGCGGUGCUGAGACCCCUCACCACUAAGGCUCCCGAUGCCGAGCUCUGCAUUCAGCAGUACUCAUGCUCGGGAUCACUCUCGGCGGAAGUACCCAAGUCAGUGAUGGUCACCGGCACCUUGACACACGUCGCAUUGCCCAGUACUUUAUCCACCACUCUUACCGACACGGCCGCGGCGCAGCCAACGUCGCCGGAGGCAAAGCCAGCAGGGCUGUCGAGUGACAAGGGAGGGCGCAGAAGCAGCGACAGCUCGGGCAGCGUGGCCACACUAGCGGCUGCGAGGGUCGGGCUGGGUGCAGGGGGUGAUUGGCAUGCCUCCAGCGGCGUCGGCGGCAACUCCAGUCUACGCGAUGAGGUCGACGACUCGUUCGCCGACAGCUUCAUGGAUAUCUUUGGCCUAGUCAGCCGCCCACAGCAACUGAAGGAUCUGAGGCAUCGCGUCAGUACGCAACUACGAAGCGUUUGUGAUCGUGGUUUCGUGUCGACUGGCACCACCGCCGCUGUGGUGGCAGCGCCAGCUGCCGAGGACCCCAAUCCUGGCGCACACGCCGCUAUGCGCGACGUUUGGGGGGAAGGGGAGGCGGCUGAUCCAACGACGCGCAACAACCUGCACGUGCUUGUCUACGCGACCCGUGCCUACCCAGAAGUAGAGGAGGUAUUAGGCAUCUACGGACACUGUGCCACCUUCGCCACGAGCGCGGCGAAGAUGCUGCGGUACGCCCGCUCCGGGAUGCAGCUCUUUGACGUCGUGAUUGUUGAGUGGACAGACUCUCUCAUUAGCGCGGAAAUUCACGAUCUGCUCGUCAAACACGCCGUCGAGGCAACCGUCGUCGCCUUCUUCAUCUCAACUAGGCCUGACGUGCACGCACCGGCGAUGAACACUGAUAACGUCAUGACAGACGAGAUGGUCGUCAUGCACGCCGAUAACCUCCUCGAGGGGCUACUCUCGCGAAGCGUGCUUGAAGAGGUGCAGCAGCUGAUCCGUCGCCGCCAACUCAUGCACUCAAUGAUAAGUGUGCGGAAGGACCAGUCGUUCCAGAUUCACAGUCAUAUCGGCAGCGGUGCCUUUGGCGACGUCUUCGAGGUAAUGAUGUACGUGUCGCGAGGCAAGCUGGCGAUGAAGCGUAUCUUCCUGAAGAGCAUGAAGCUACGGCAACUUGAAAUCAUCAACCGCGAGGUCAGCAUUAUGCGCGCACUUGAACACCCCAACAUUGUAUCGUUCUCUCACACACGACUGGAGGAUAACGCGUACUCCAUAUUCAUGGAACUCUGUGAUGGGACGCUGGCGGAUCAUCUGCUGGAGCCGUCCGUAGCAAUUCCUGGGGCUGCCGAGCGGCAGCAGAACCGCAGCGACAGCGGCGCCGGCCUGAUGGCCGAAUACCCAGGUAAUGCCAGGUGCGCCAGCACCGUCUUUAGCAACAACAACUCCAUCAGCGGCAGCUGCACCGACGGCAAGGGCGACGUCCCUGGUGUGCUGCAAACGGCAGCGUGUGUGGACGACAGGGCAGACUCGCCAGGCUCCGAUGAGACCUCGAUAACGGCGCCAGAGCUUACACGUCCUCAGGACGCUGUCAUGAUCGUGCACGACAUCGCCAGUGCGCUGAGUUACCUGCAUCGCCGCGGCAUCGUCCACCGGGACAUAAAACCGGCCAAUGUGCUCUUCUCAAACGGCAUGGCGAAGCUCGGGGACUUUGGGUCAGCGGCGAAGAUGACUGAGUCGAGAAAGCUGCACAAUAUGAAGGGGACUGUAAGCUACAUGGCGCCAGAGAUAGUGCUUGGGGAGCCGUACACCGAGUCCUGCGACCUGUGGUCCUUUGGGUGCCUAAUAGCAAGUAUCAUGGGCAUCAACCUGGGUCACCUGAACGGGCUUCACAUGCCGGCUCUCAAUGAGCUCUACCGUACCAUCCCCAGGACAGGAUCACUGCCGCUCACCUUCACCAACCGCCUGUCCUUGCGCAUUGCAAAUCACUACACCGAGGCGACGACGAACCGCGUACUGACGGCGUUCAAGCGUGCCUUGGAGGUUGACACGGCUGAGCGCCAGCAAGGUGCUUCGCCGAAGUCGCACAGCUCUGUUAACGCCAUUGACACCACCGAGACUAAGAAUGCGCAGAACAGCAGCCAGCAGCCCACCUCUAUAGACUAUCGAGCGUUACAGCGCACAGACACGACCUCCACAACCAGCGAGGAGAAAUCGCGGUACUUCACGGAGUCAGAGGGUACUGGGAGUGACACCGCGGCGGCCGACAUGCGCAACCGAAGUCGAAGAACCCUGUGCAUCACAAUGUCCAGUAUCGACGUAAUGGGUGAAUCUUAUGCGCUGCUGCCCGCCUCACUGGUGGAGCUCUUUAAUCGGCUGUUUCACCGCGAUCCUACAGAGCGCAUGACGGCAGCCGAGGUGCUGGACCAUCAAGUCUCAUGGGAUGUGGAGUGGAUGGCGCGUAUGAUGCGGGAGGUCUACAAUGUCUCGUGCCAGCUGACGCAAAGCAACGCGGAGGUACAAGGCACGGCAGGAGGGGCGAGUCAGUGCCAUGUAGUGAAACAGACACAUGGAGGGCGACCACCACCCGGUGAGGAGGGAGCUAGGACGGGCGCCGCUACACCUUCAGUGACGACAGGCGAUUUUGCGUGCUUUCCCAUUCAAUCUGGCUCCGGUGAGCCGGUGUGGAUGGCUGGUGGCAGCGGAGGUCGACGGAUUCCUGGCGCAGUCGGGACCGGCAGUGGUGCCCAUAUCCCCUCAGUCGCGCAGAACUAUGUACUCGACUUGUCGUUAAGUGGCAACUCUAGCUGCAGCAGCAACGACAGCCGCGAGAGGGGCAGUUAUGACGAGGUAGCUGACGACUGA